CUUAUCCCACCCUUCAAUGGAGCCGAUGUGGAACUCCUCCCACCCACCUCCACAGCUCAUGUCCAACAUGUCUGCCUCCUCUCUGCCUGAGGGCUGGGCUCUGUCCCAGUCGCUAGCCCUGCUGGCCAUGCUGCUCAUGGAUCUGCUGGCUGUGGUGGGUAAUGUGGCUGUCAUGGCGGUCAUUGCCAAGGCCCCACAGCUCCACAAGUUUGCCUUUGUCUUCCACCUGUGCGUGGUGGACCUGCUGGCAGCCCUGGUGCUGAUGCCCCUUGGCAUGCUCUCAAGCCGAGCGUUCUUCGGGGAGGCCCUGUGCCGGAGCUACCUCUUUCUCAGUGUGUGCCUGGUCAGCGCUGCCAUCCUCUCGAUCUCUGUCAUCAAUGUGGAGCGUUAUUACUACAUCAUACACCCUAUGCGCUAUGAAGUGAAGAUGACUGUUGGCCUGGUAGCAUCAGUGCUGGUGGGGAUAUGGGUCAAAGCCCUGGCCAUGUCUGCUCUGCCGCUGCUUGCUUGGUUCCUGCAAGGUGGAAAAACUCCUCUUUUGGAGAGUGGUGGGGUUGGAGGAGGAGGAGGUGGGGCUGUCCCAUCUCCCCCUGCUCAGGGUCACAGGCGCUGCUCACUGCAUUGGACAGGGGGAGGGUCAAACCGCUUGGCCUUCAUGGUCCUAUUUACUCUGGUCUAUUUCCUGUGUCCACUGCUUGUCAUUCUUGUUGUGUACUGCAAUGUGUUCAAAGUGGCUCGGGUAGCUGCCAUGCACCACGGGCCUCUGCCCACCUGGAUGGACACACCUCGUCGCCAGCGGUCGGAAUCACUCAGCAGCCGUUCCACUAUGGUUACCAGCUCUGGGACGGGGACAGGGACAGGAAGAGCCACUCCACAGCGCCCCUUUGGGGGAGGAAAGGCUGCAGCAGUGUUGGCGGCAGUAGGUGGGCAAUUCCUCUGUUGCUGGCUGCCCUACUUUACUUUCCACCUGUAUUCAGCACUGGCUGCCAGCCCCCCAGCCACACUGGCCUCUCUGGAGGAAGUGGUCACCUGGAUUGGCUACUUCUGCUUUACCUCCAAUCCCUUCUUCUAUGGCUGUCUCAACAGACAGAUCCGGGAGGAGCUGGGCAAGCAUCUGCCUUGUCUGUUUCGUCGAGCAGGGGUUGAGGUGGAGGACAGACUGCCCAGCCGUGAAGGAUCCAUAGAGGAGAAUUUCCUUCAGUUUCUUCAGGGCACCGGCUGCAACUUGGAUCCUCAAAACUCUCACAGCACCUCCAGUCCUAAGGGGGAGGCCUGCUGCCCCAUGGCUCAGUCCCAACCAACUGAGCCAGCACAGCCGAUACCCAUUGAUUUCCGUAUCCCUGGACAAAUUGCAGAGGAGACUUCAGAGUUUAUUGAGACUGAACAGGUGAAAAACAACCACAUAUAUACAGACAAUUAA